AUGUUUAGCUUCCUUUUGAUCGGCAACCUUCAAAGAGCAGUAGAAGAUGAUCCAAACUUUGACCCUGAUAUUCUUCGACUAGACAAUGGAAAGAAUAAGUAUUUUCUGAAUGAUCCGAUUCCAGUAGCUGUAGAAGGCGAAGUAGAUUCUGAAGGCUAUCCAGCUUGGUACGGCCGGUCUAUUGAAGACCUGUUGUUAGAUGCUAGCUCUAUUCAAGAGCUUCUUUCCAACCUCGGAAUAACCCACGAAGAAUCAGCGCGAACAUGCAGGCCACAUCGUCAUAUUGUCUUUCUCAAAAGCACAAAUAAGAAGCAUAAACUUUAUGCCGCAUCAAAGCCUCUCGCAUCCUUUGUUGGAGGAUAUCCUGGAAAGUUUAAGCCUGAGUUUGUUGCUCCACCACAGACCGACAAAUACGACAUCAUUUUCAACCAUUUCCGCUGGGAUGAGUCUGCAGUUCGAUCAGUAACGCACGAUGAUACAAUUUUCCUGACCUCGAUUCGCGAGCCUCUUAGUCAUUACAAAUCUGUAUUCGACUUCUUUUACGGAUCGUACAAGAGAGAAAGUGGAAUGGUUGAUCAUGCUUGUAACUUGGCCUGUGAAGGUCAGCCAUUUCUCGCGAUGCUCGGAAAAGCCGGCGAGCAUUUCGAAAAGUACAUGGAUUGUAUACCAGAAUGCUACAACGCUUCACUUCCCUGGAGCUUCCGAGCACGAAACUUUCAGACCUUCGAAAUGGGACUCGAUGCUGGGCCGAACUUCAACUCUGACCUUGAUCAGUUUACAAAGGCGAUGGAUUUCGUCAUGAUAACGGAAAAAUUCGCAGAGAGUAUUCUAGUUAUGAGAAAAUUACUCUGCAUGGACUUUAUGGAUCUCUACGUCCAGCCGAAAAACUCUUUUGAUGAGCAAGUUGAAAAACUUUAUGGAAAGAAUAAUAUGGAAAUCGACACUCGAAGAUUAAAAAUAAUCCGAUCUUAUUGUGACAAGAAAGAAAAUAUCAAAGAGUGUAUCAACCAAGCGGAUAAGACUCGGUUCACUUACAGUGGCAAAGAUGACAGAAAAUACUGGCCAAAUGAUAUCGACUGGCCAAAGUUCGCCAAAUACAUGGCUGAUGCUGGAGGAGCAUGCCCUUACGGCACUUUUGGAUCGCUUUUGAAAAAUGAGAUUUUGCCUCAAUGUCGAGUUUACCAGUGGAAGAUCUCCCAAGGAUAUCCGUCAAAUAACCUAAACGACUUUUCCGACCAAAACAGUGAUGAAGAUUCUGAAGAUGAGGAUGAUGACUCUGAUUACCGAUAA